AUGAGGGAUUUAGCUAGAAAUCGUGACGCCGCUCCAGCAACUAAAUCAGAGAGUACCGAGAACUCAGCUGUUCCACCAAACACCAGCGCCGGACACCAGACUGGCACUCAUACCGCCGUUCCAACCAGCCUAUAUCUUGACUCAACUGUCGUACAAAUUCUUCUAAAAGGACUCGAAAUUCUCGCCAAGUAUCCUCCAGAGAACCCCAUAGAGGUCUUGGCCGACUUCCUCUUGCUUCACAAGGAUAUUUACAACGCGGAAAACCAGAACCGAGAUGAACAUUCCAUGGACCAUUUUUUUUCUCCCCAUUGCAAUGAAGCGAUGAUGUCAGAGGGGGAAAUCUUCGCAGCAAAAAUUCAAGCGGCUUGGUAUCCGAGGGGACAAGGCAUUCGAGAAAAAACCGAAUUAUGUUUGGAUUUGUUAAUCCAGUUCUUCAAAAAUGAUGCGGUUCCCUUCAUAAUGCGGAAUGCUAUCAAAAAGAUGGAGGAGAAACGUAGACAUCGGGACCAUAGAAAUGAGCUCUUUGGAUUGCCGAACACCUGGAAAGACCAAGAUUUUCUCUACGAUUUUGCUGACGUGACCCGUCUGUCCUACCUGUAG